AUGGCGCACACUGCUGGUGGUGGCGGCGGCAGCGGCCCCCCCGCGGGCCGGGGGCUGAGCGGCGCCCGCUGGGGCCGUUCGGGCUCCGCGGGCCACGAGAAGCUGCCGGUGCACGUGGAGGACGCCCUCACUUACCUGGACCAGGUGAAGAUCCGCUUCGGCAGCGACCCUGCCACGUACAACGGUUUUCUGGAGAUCAUGAAGGAGUUCAAAAGCCAGAGCAUCGACACUCCCGGGGUCAUCAGACGCGUGUCUCAGCUGUUUCAUGAGCACCCUGACCUCAUCGUUGGAUUCAACGCAUUCCUUCCCCUCGGAUACAGGAUAGACAUCCCCAAGAAUGGCAAGUUAAACAUACAGUCGCCGCUGACUAGCCAGGAGAACUCACACAACCAUAGCGACUAUGCGGACGACUUCAAGCAGCAGGCACUCUAUAAGGAGGACAAACCCCAGGUACCCCUGGAGUCAGAUUCCGUGGAGUUCAACAACGCCAUCAGCUACGUGAACAAGAUCAAGACCCGUUUCCUUGACCACCCAGAGAUCUACCGGUCAUUCCUGGAAAUACUGCACACUUACCAGAAGGAGCAGCUGAGCACAAAGGGCCGGCCAUUCCGCGGCAUGUCUGAGGAGGAGGUCUUCACUGAAGUGGCCAACCUCUUCCGGGGCCAGGAAGACCUGCUCUCUGAGUUUGGCCAGUUCCUGCCCGAGGCAAAGCGGUCCCUGUUCACAGGAAACGGGCCGUGUGGGAUGAAUAGCGCCCCAAAGGGCGAGCCUGAGAAGAUUCCAGAACACAGCAAGAAGCGUGCCCGGCCCUCUCUGCUCCGCCCUGUGUCCGGGCCGGCCAAGAAGAAGAUGAAGCUCCGUGGGACCAAGGACCUGUCUAUCGCCACCGUGGGCAAGUACGGGACCCUGCAAGAGUUCUCCUUCUUCGACAAGGUACGCCGGGUACUGAAGAGCCAAGAGGUCUAUGAGAACUUCCUCCGCUGCAUUGCGCUCUUCAACCAGGAGCUCGUGUCUGGUUCUGAGCUCCUGCAGCUGGUCAGCCCGUUCCUGGGGAAGUUUCCAGAACUCUUUGCCCAGUUCAAGUCCUUCCUGGGAGUGAAGGAGCUGUCAUUUGCCCCGCCCUUGAGUGACCGGUCCGGGGAUGGGAUCAGCCGAGAGAUCGACUACGCAUCCUGUAAGCGCAUUGGGUCCAGUUACCGGGCGCUGCCCAAGACCUACCAGCAGCCCAAGUGCAGCGGGAGGACGGCCAUCUGCAAGGAGGUGCUGAAUGACACCUGGGUCUCCUUCCCCUCCUGGUCCGAGGACUCCACCUUCGUCAGCUCCAAGAAGACUCCCUACGAGGAACAGCUGCACCGCUGUGAGGAUGAGCGCUUUGAGCUGGACGUCGUCCUGGAGACAAACCUGGCCACGAUCCGCGUGUUGGAGAGCGUGCAGAAGAAGCUGUUGCGCAUGGCCCCUGAGGACCAGGACAAGUUCCGUCUGGACGACUGCCUGGGUGGAGCCUCUGAGGUCAUCCAGCGGCGUGCCAUCUACCGCAUCUAUGGCGACAAGGCCCCUGAGAUCAUCGAGAGCCUCAAGAAGAACCCUGCCACUGCUGUGCCCGUUGUCCUCAAGAGGCUGAAAGCCAAGGAGGAGGAGUGGCGGGAGGCGCAGCGUGGUUUCAACAAGGUAUGGCGGGAGCAGUACGAGAAGGCCUACCUCAAGUCGCUCGACCACCAGGCUGUGAACUUCAAGCAGAAUGACACCAAAGCCCUGCGCUCCAAGAGUCUGCUCAAUGAGAUCGAGAGCGUCUACGACGAGCACCAGGAGCAGCACUCAGAGGGACGCAGUGCCCCCGCCAGUGAGCCCCACCUCAUCUUCCUCUAUGAAGACCGGCAGAUCCUGGAGGAUGCUGCGGCCCUGGUCAGCUACUAUGUGGCGCGGCAGCCAGCCAUCCAGAAGGAGGACCAGGCCACCAUCCAGCAGCUGCUGCACCAGUUUGUGCCCAGCCUCUUCUUUUCGCAGCCGCUGGACCCUGGCGCCUCUGAGGAGUCGGCUGAUGAGGACCGUGAGGGUGCCCGGGGCCCAGGCACGGAGCCCGGUGAGCAUAAGCGGCCCGGGGCGCCUGGUGGCCCCCCGGAGGAGAAGGGGCCCCCCGGGGACGGCCUGGCAGCUGGGCCACAGCCUGCACCCCUGGACGACGUCUACAGUCUCUUCUUUGCCAACAACAACUGGUACUUCUUCCUGCGCCUGCAUCAGACCCUGUGUGCACGGCUGCUCAAGCUCUACCGCCAGGCACAGAAGCAGCUGCUAGAGUACCGGGCCGAGAAGGAGCGUGAGCAGCUGCUGUGUGAGGGCCGGCGCGAGCGGGGCGGCGACCCUGCCAUGGAGCUGCGGCUGAAGCAGCCCAGUGAGGUGGAGCUGGAGGAAUACUACCCAGCCUUCCUGGACAUGGUGCGGAGCCUCCUGGAAGGGAACAUCGACCCCACGCAGUACGAGGACACCUUGCGUGAGAUGUUCACCAUCCACGCCUACAUCGGCUUCACCAUGGACAAGCUGGUGCAGAACAUCGCACGGCAGCUGCACCACCUGGUGAGCGAUGAUGUGUGUCUGAAGGUGGUGGAGCUCUACCUGAAUGAGAAGAAGCGCGGGGCUGCUGGUGGGAACCUGUCCUCGCGAUGUGUCCGUGCUUCUCGUGAGACCAGCUACCAGUGGAGGGCAGAGCGGUGCAUGGCUGAUGAGAACUGCUUCAAGGUGAUGUUCCUCCAGCGCAAAGGGCAGGUGAUCAUGACCAUCGAGCUCCUGGACACCGAGGAGGCCCAGACAGAUGACCCUGUGGAGGUACAGCACCUGUCAAGCUACGUGGAGCAGUAUGUGGGCACGGAGGGCACUGCCAGCUCACCGAGUGAGGGCUUCCUGCUGAAGCCGGUGUUCCUGCAAAGGAACCUCAGGAAGUUCCGGCGGUGGCAGUGUGCGCAGGUUCGGGCACUGCGUGGUGAGGCCAAGGGCGCAUGGAAGCGGCUGGUGGGCGUGGAGAGCGCCUGCAGCGUGGACUGCCGCUUCCGGCUCAGCACCCACAAGAUGAUGUUCAUCGUCAACUCGGAGGACUACAUGUACCGCCGUGGUGCCCUCGGCCGCGCCAAGCAGGUGCAGCCCCUGGUGCUGCUGCGGCACCACCAGCAUUUCGAGGCAUGGCACGGGCGCUGGCUGGAGGACCACGUGCCGGUGGAGGCAGCCAGCCUGGUGCAGGACUGGCUGAUGGGUGAGGAGGAUGAGGACCUGGUGCCAUGCAAGACACUGUGCGAAACAGUGCGUGUGCACGGGCUCCCCGUGACUCGCUACCGCGUGCAGUACAGCCGGCGCCCUGCCUCGCCCUGACGUCCCCCUGGGACACACCACACAGGUGUCUCCACAGUGACUUGCCCUGACCUGGGGCCUGGCCUGUGCCAAACCGACCUGCUUGCACCUGAGCACCCGGAGCGGCUCUAUCCCGGGAAAGCUGGGGUUGACUGCCCUUUGAGGAUGAGACACCGGAGCGACUGCGGGGCUAAGCAGGUCACCAUGCGGGGUCUUCAGACUCUGAGCGACAAGAGUCUCCAAUCACACGCCAAGAUACGGGGGAGAGCAGCUACGCAGACUCCCAGCAGCUGGCCUGCUGUGCCCAGCAGUCCAAACUUCCAGAAGAUUCCACCCUCCGUGGGAGAGAAACCAGACCAGGGGCUCCGCCAGCAUCCCUGCCCCGUGGUGUACUUAAAGUGGAUCUUCUACAAAGACAUGUACAAGCACACAUGUAUUUAUUCCUUCAUGCUCUCCAGGCAGCAUGGCUUCCGUGGCAGCCCAGCCUUGCCGUGUCUUGGAAGUGAAAGCUCCUGGUGACUCUCUCUGCCCGUCUUGGCAUCUGCUUCCUGAAGCCCUCACCCUCUGAGGACGGGGCGCCCAGCUGCUCCCGUGGGCUCAUUGUUCUCCCCCUGUGAGGGUGUGGAUCUGAAGGGCCCCAGCGACACUUGUGCAGACGUCCAAAUCUCAGUGCCAAGAACGCCAAGCAAUGGAGUUGCCACCAGCUCCUUGUGAACGUCUCGCACCAUCAUGCUGGAGUCGGCUCCCCAGCCCUCGACCUCCCGCAGCAGAGCUGUGCCAAAUUUUGUGGUUUUGCAAAGCAGAGACAUAUUUCUAGAAGUUUCCUGUGGAACUUGUGAUGCCUUUGACUAGAGGCCCGGGUGGUUCUGAGGCCAGUGUGUUCUCCCCCGGGGUCUCGUCGACCCUGUUUUCCAGUGUAAUCAGGCACUUUGUGAGCACUCUGGUUUUAUCAGAAGGGAGUUUAUUGCCAGAAUUCUGGACCAGCUGUGCCCCUGCUGUGCCUCCCCUUCUGUCUGUCCGUCUGUCUCCUACAGAGCUGAGAGGACUGGGCGGGUGGGGGUGGGGCACCCAACCCUGCAUGCUUCGAGGGGCGUCUGCUCCUCCUGGACACUUUCCGUCCUGGGGCUUAUACUUCCUUUGCAGCUGUUUUGAAUGUACAUUUCCUUUUCUAUUUAUUUGCACAUUAAAGUUAAAAAUUAAAUAUUGAUGUAAAGCCAAGAGGCCUCUGCCAGUGAUUUUUUGCGAGCAAGUCCAGUGA